UGCAGUCUUCCGGACCAACCUGCACAGCGCUCGUGCUCGCGCCCGUUACGGCGGCAGUCGCUUUAGCCGGCGGCGUUAGUUCGAGGUGGGCGCGCGGUGCAUCGCACAGUGUUCGCGACAAGAAAGUGCCCCCCCCCGCGUGCCCCACCUUAUCUUCCUUGUCUUUGUGACUGAAGCGCUGUUUGCAGACGGACAUAAUCAGCAUAUCGUCGAUGGGUCGCUUCCCAUGGUUUCUUGCAUAAGCUAGCUGGCGACCCGUGGGACUAAUCGGGGAGGAGCGUAGAACGCGGUUUGCUCCUCUGGUUCCGGCUCUGAGGUCCUGUUGGCACACGGCCAGCGACCAAACGGAUUGGACACCUCCAACUCGGGAUUUGCCUGCCUCUACGCUGAAUAGUCAGUGUCGUUGCUCUGGCGUGACAUGGGUGCGACGAUGCGUUGGCUCCUGUGUCGCGUCGUGCGGUUGUUGUCAUAGCUUCGACGUUCGCUGUGCUUCGUCGCCCUCUGAAUGAUAUUGCGGCGCCUGGUGGCCAUCCGGGAACACCUUGCGACCGGCGCCGGCUUGUGAGUUCCAGCGCCUUUGGUGACGGAGUGUUUUUUCUCUAAGGUUACCGGACGCAACGACAUGCGGUGGAAGAACGUCACCGUGGUGCUCCUCAUUCAGCUUUCUCUAUGGAAGGCGUCCUCACAGGCCGAGCCCCCGUGGGAGGGCAAGGACCUCUCGCUGCCGGAGCCGCCGAGCGACCUUCCGCGCCUGAUAGGCGUCGAGGUGGCCUGCGGCAAGCGACACAUGCGCGUCCAGCUGCAGUUCAGCGCGCCCUUCCACGGCAUCGUAUUCUCCAAGGGGCACCACGGGCAGCCCGAGUGCGUCUACGUGGGGCCCCGCUCGGGCAUCACGGCCGCGAACUUCGACGUCUUCUACGACCGAUGCGGCACCAAGCCGGACCACCACGGCAGCUUCUACGAGAACACCAUCGUGGUCCAAUACGGCGUGGACAUCAUCGAAGCGUGGGACGAAGCCAAGCGGUUGCGCUGCGAAUGGCACGACGCGUACGAGAAGUCGGCGCUGCGCACGCCUUCCAUCCAGCUGGCCGACCUGGACGUCCAGGAGCUCAACUUCCAGGGCGACAGCGUCGGAUGCUGGAUGGAGAUACAGGAAGGCAAGGGUCCGUGGGCGAAGCAGGUGUCGAGCAUCGUGCCGCUGGGCAGCCCGCUGACCAUGGUGAUCGCCAUCAACGACCGCGACAAGCAGUUCGACAUGCGCGUCAAGUCGUGCGUGGCGCACGACGGCCUGCGCGGCCCGAUCCAGCUGACGGACGACCGCGGCUGCGUGCUGCGGCCCAAGAUGCUCACGGCCUUCAUGAAGGUGCGCGACUUCAGCGGCAAGGCGAGCGUGGUGGCCUUCUCGCACUUCUACGCCUUCAAGUUCCCCGACACCAUCGAGGUGCAGAUACAGUGCGUGGUCGAGAUAUGCCGACACGGGUGCCCCGACGACUGCCCCGCCCACGAGCAGCACCCGCCCCACGGAGGCGGUGGUGACCUGCCUCCACCGAAUCACCUGGAGGAGCACCAGCGACCGCCCGAACGCCACCAACCGAGACCGCCGCAUCACCAGCGGCCGCCCUACGCCGCCUCGUCGUCCCAGCAUGACCAGACGCUGGAGAACGCGCCCUCGCAGCAGCAGCAGCAGCAUCGCCACGAUCCACAGCGGGAAGGGGUGGCCGCGGGCAGUUCCGUGCACGCGAUCAAGCACCAGCCGCAGCCCCCACCUCAGCAACAGAGCAGCAGCGUCACCCAGCCCACGGUGCAGCGUCACACGGUUCCAUUCGGUCUUCCCCUGCUGUCGGUCAACGUCCUGCCUGACCAUUACUAUCCACCGACGCCACCGGGAGUCCACACGGGCCAGUUCCACCCUCUCAAUAUCGCCUCCGGGAAUCGGGCUCCUCCCCCGCAUCUUUCGUACCCGCCCUUGGUCCCCCACCUACAAGUGAUGCCCCGACGUCCUUCUUAUGAAGAGGCGGACGAGCAGUUACUCCCGGAAGGCCCGCUCAAGGACGUCACCACGGACGCUCCUGAGUUUUCCACAACACCUUCACAGCACGAAAUCGCUUCUGACACAAAUAGCGGGAAGAAAUUCGAAUCCAUCGCACAGAAACAGUCAUCCAGGGAUUUGGAGCUAUCCACUGCCACCGCUCAGCCUGAAGACAACCCCACUAUGCGACCCCUAUAUUAUGAAGCUCCCAAGUCAGCAGGAGCCCAGCCGCCACGUUCCGAACAGGCUCCCACGACGACUAAGCCCGCGUUGCCGCAUACGGAGGUCGAGUACGAAGACGACGAUGAGACUUCGUCAGAUACGCGGACCACAACGACAUCGGCGACCCCAAUGAGCACGAGUGACGGUUAUUUUACGCCCACGCCUCGAGACACGUUCAACAUGCCUCCACCUGUGCGUCCGUACCCGCAGACUCCGCCGCAGGAAGGGCCCGUGUCCGAGGGAAACAAAGUCGACGCGCCCGACCCUAGUUCGGCAAGGCCGGUGUUCUUCUCGUAUUCGCCACCUUCCAGAGCCCCCGUCCACAUCCCUGUGGAAAUCGACGGCAACGUCUCCGAGGGCGGCAAAUUCAGCGCCAUCAGACCGCGGCCUCCGGCACCGGCUGGCCCGACCGGCGAGCAGUACCGACACCCGAGACCCCACUACCCGUACCCGAUAUCCAAGAUCGGGCCGGGUGCAAGCAACCCUGACAUCUUCCAGGAAAGGGUCGACACCGUUUCCGAAACUGCGUCAGAACCUCCUUCCACAGUGGCCCAGACCGAGACCACGCACGACGCGAACAAGUCCGAAACGCCGUCGACCACAACGUCGACGACGACGACGACAACCGCAGACCCGACGCACGUUUCCAAGGUUCCCAUCCAGGCUUCCGUGACGCUCAUGAGCGGACGCUUCCCGAAUGGUCCGCGUUCGCUCAAGACUAAGCGCAACGCCGUCGGCUCGUCCGACCAGCUGGGCGUCCGCGGCUCGCUGAGAGUCAUCGCGGGCGUCGACUUGGCCUUCCUGCCCAACGUGACCAGGGACAACGCCGCCAUCUUCACCGGUCGCUACGAGGAGAUCAUCUACGGCGUCUGCCUCCCGGCUACGGGUCUUGCGGCCAGCGUGGGCGCCUUCGUGCUGCUCAUCCUGUGCACCACGUGCAUCGCGGCGUACCUCUACUACGUGCUGAGGACGUACGAGGCCAAGUCGAAGCAGUCGUUCGUACUCCGCAGGUUCCUCUCGACGUACAGAAACAGAAAGAUGAAGCACUGAAAACUCUCCAGCUUCGCCCUAGGUUUACAACGGUGUUUUGUUUCAAAGCCCGCGGAACAAUCUCAGGAAAGGAAACUUUGCGCCCAUGGCGACGUUGCCGCUCGCGCUUUCGACUCUAGCAUCGUGCACCGAAGGUUGUUUGUUGUGUGAAACUUUACGUGAGUGUGCACUGCUGAGGAAUACGCGGAUCGUGGACGGCUGAGUGUGUCGCUACGGAUCGUGAGGUCGCAAUCACGCCAACAGGACGCCAUCUGUUGACAAAUACAUACGAACAGCGCGGCGACGUCGACCAAACAGCUAACGCCUAAGGCUCGUUUACUGACUCGUCUGUAUACGAGCUCUAGUUUAGACCGCAGAAUUGGAAGUUGAUGAGGAAAGAACAAAAACGUUGCUGAGUGUGAAGGUAUCGCGCGAUGACUGAACACUGACGCUCGGCGGAUGUGAAGUCUUGCUCACGCCUAAGUAAACGACUGGGCUCCGGUAGCGUCUGAAUGGGCUUUCCCACCGAGCACAUUGCCAUCGUAUACGCAUCAUCCCUUCUAGCGCAGGGUAGUCCGCCUUGUCCAGUGCGUCACUGUGUGUGCUUUAACUAGACUGCCGGCCGCAACGGUUCCUCGGAGCAAACUGCCCCAAGAAGCAGCACCUCCCGUACGUGACGAAGACGUGUGUGCGUGUGAUUUUUGCAGCGAGGUGUGGCAUUGUCUAUUUAUCUGUGUGUAUACGUGAGGCGCGAGAUGCUGCGUGUUUUGCUCCGUGCGAUGCGAACUCAGCAGCACUCAGCUCUCAGUGCCUCGGUGUCCUUGUAUGUGUUUGUGCGCGUGAAGUGAUGUGAACAGAACUCCCAUAAAUGCCGCAAUUAGAGGAUGUUUUCACAUCCGUGUGCUCCUCUCCGCGCUAAUUGGGCGCAAUCGACGUGUUUUUUUGUUAGAGAUUCGCCGCUAACGACUGUGCGCACGUGGUGUAGAAUGUGCCGGUGGCGUGAUGUCACCAACUUUUUGCAAAAUUGCCUCUAACACGACUGACCUACCAACCUAUUUGUUUUGUUGCUGAACAUUAAGUAGGGAAACAAAUCACCCGAGUUCGCCGGUUGACUGUCGGAACAGUGCUCGCGAGAAGAAAAAAAGAAGAGUAACUAACUUGAAAGUGUGAAGAUGUGGACGCGUGUAGCUAGUAUAUAGCCUCGUCUUGCUUGCGCGUGCUUUCAUUGUGCGAAUGACGCGCCUUCAUGAGAGUGAUGUAUGUAAGACAUGUGCAGAGCUGGACCACAGGAAGCAGAUGUGAGCUCUUUCCUGCUACGACGGCAGCACUGGUUUUGCGAGCAGCCUAAGGCGCUCAAACUGAAAUUCGGUGUUGUUUAGAUUAUAUGGGAGCUUAGCACGUCACUGAAGGAAAGCUACACGUUCUGUAGUAAGAAAAAGGAAAUGACAAGUUAAGCAGGUUGACUAAGUAUGAGCUUUGUUUACUACCCUACGCGUAAGGAACGAAAGAUUCGUCGUCGUGAAGCGCCGCAAGUGAUGCUUAUUAUGACUGAUGAACGUCACGUUCUAUAUCGCUGCGACAACUUGCUUUCCAAUUAUUUUUAUACCAAAAGUAUGAACCGGCUGAACCACAUACCCGCCUCCAUCACCGUGCAAAUUGGUUCUGCUGGUCCUAAGUCUGCUCAUGACAGUCCCUGCCUAAUACAGCGUUACUUCGCAGUAGUCAUCUUUGCUGAUGUCAUGUCACAUGUAACUCAGUCAUAGAUGGUACCUUUCAUAACGUUCUCUUGGACCUUGGUGGUGCUGGAAUGCAGGCGCGGGGAACUAACGCGCUAAAUUGGCCCAUCAAAAAAGUGGAUUCUCUCCCAUUUUUGACCGCCUUCGUAAAAUGCAAACCUUUCUCCGGUUGCCAACUAAACAUUGUUUUAUGGCACGUAUCACGUGUCAACGGAAGUUCCUUAACCAUGCGGCGCAUUUUUUUCUAGAAGCCUCUAUUGGGGUUCAUGUUUCAAUGAUGCAUGCAGUGGCUUACUCGAACAAUCUUGCAUUUACUCAUUGCUGUGUCACCUGUGUAUAAACGACCAAACUUCUGAAAAAGUUUUCUUCGCUUCAUUUUUCUUGCGGGGGCGCUUCCCUCUGCAAUAAAGCUCCUGAAACCUGGUCGCCGGAGAUGGCUGGAUUAGGGAGCAACAUUCCGUAAGUGGAAUUAUUAGUGGCAUGACUUUUAAAAAAAAAAUGUGGAUGCAGCAUUAACAAAAUAAGUGCUCGUGGGUGUUGUUCUCUGUAAAACAGUUGGGCAAUGGUCCUUAUCGCGAAGAAAUCCGAGUGGCGGACGUUAUGGGAACCUGCGUUUAACUGCAUAUUAUUUGUGCUCUCCCUAUUUCAAAAAAAGAGAAAAACCUCAUACGCAGCAAAAAAAAAAGAGUGAAGGAAAACUGUACUGUAAGUUUGAAGCUUGCAUUUUUUGUUCAAGAGGCUGUCAUUUGAUGGAACGACAGCGCUCAGCCUGAGAAAGUAGUAGCCGAGUCAUUCAAGUGGCAACUUGCGCACCCGACUGAAUGGCGGAGUGACAUGUGCCUUAGUAAGUUGCCUCGCUAAUAUGCUGCACUGCUGCCAUCAUUGUGAGCCGCCCACCGUGCAGGCCGUCGCCCACGCCAGCCGAUGGUGAAGUGCAACUCAGAAGCAAAGUUGCCCGACAAAUACAAGGAUAUAGGGUGUCAAAAGAGACUAAAAAAUGCGUUUUUAUGUCGUUAUAUGUUCAAGGAGGAGAGCGUGGCAUCGUGAGAUGCAGGUUGUGUUUUGUGUUCGUGUAACAAAUUUAUGACGUUAUUUAUUUGGUGGUGUUGCUGUAAGCUGCUGAGGUAUUCCACUCGCAUAAAUUGAAGCGCGAACAAAUCGAAAACGAUGCGCAUGGUGUUUCCAGAUUUGCUUGCUUCUGUAACAUACUCCAAAACAAACACAUCUGGGGCUACAACGUGCUUAUAGGAAACAUCGGCUACAGAGCGAUUGCGCUUUGCACUAGAACAAAAAGCAGGCGUUCAGCUCAGUUCGCUUCGGUUCGCGUUUCAAUUUAUGGGGAUGGCACGUCGAGAAAGAUGCCACCUGUUCCUAUGCCCAGUAGAAACUAAUUUCACCCAACCAGCAGCCCUUACGUCUCUUUAGGGCCGGAACUGAAUAUUACCUAUACCGAUAAUUUCCAGCAAUAUCACUCAAUACGGGCUUAUUGACUAAAGGAGUUUUCUUUCACUCCUUCACGUUGCUGUAACUAGAGUCGCCGAGGCCGGCGAUGUGGGGCAGAAACGUCGUCAGCCAUGUUCAAUUCAGUCGACAGUGAGCGAUUUUUCUCGCCGUCAAGACACAACCUCUUUCGCAAUCGAGUGCAAAUGAAUGGAUAAAGCAGCCCAUAAUGAGUAAAGAAUGAAUGUAAUAUAGAAUAAGCUUUACUUCCGUGCAUUCGGUUGGUUUGCUGCAACUUCAUCAAGUGGUUCCCAGACCUGUUGGGGGUCGACUAGAUUUUGUGAGUCCGUAUUGGCUGAUACAAUGAUUCCGUUCACGCGAUCGCAUUCCGCUGUCACAGUCCGCCAGCUUCUCGCCGACCGGCAAAUUUUUGGUCACGACGUUGACGGCCCACUUAUUCGACCAUUGACGAAGGUGGGCGAAAUGAAUGGCAUUGGAAUCGAGUCGUUGCGUUGCUCCGGUCAUGGACUCUCCAGGAACUGCAUGAAGCGAGUUGAGCAGCUAUGUAGCGGCGGAGUUCGUGCACUGAACGCAACUCCAUGACUGGUCCUAAGCUGCGGGACAGGGUUGUAGUACUAGCGAGGUUACUGGCAGGGAACGGGUUGUGCGGCGCGCCUACAUGUUGACGCACAGCGAGUCUGAAAAGUUUCCGGCGUUCUGGUGGAUUCAUGGCGUAACUUGAGAGGCGUGCACUGCCAGUGUAGCGUACAUCUUAUGCCAGCCAUCUCUCGCCGUCUCCCCGUUUUGACUGUAAAUUGGCCGUCACGCACGUGACUGUCACGUGUCUGGAUGUGGCCAAAUCAAGCUCCCAGCGCUGUUUUUUGUUUGUGUGUCGCUCUACCGAUGACUGAGCGUGUGAUUCGCUGUUUGUUUUCUUGUACUUUUUU